UCUUUUCCUUGUCCCGGCAGCGCUCCUCGAGUAGCCGCAAACCGGAGUUGCCCGCCUGGGUUUGCCCACCAUGGAUCUCCUAUUUAGAAGAGCCGAGGGCGAACCAGGCUCCAACAGAGACACGGCCGGAUCCAAUUCUGCAUCGUCGCUCGUGUCGACUCUCAUCCCCAAUCUUAUCAUCGCUGCCAUUUUCAUCACCCUGUUUAUGAUAUUCCGCCCCCGCUUCAAGCGACUCUACGCCCCGAGAACUUAUAUCGACAGCUUGGGCGACUAUCGAAGGACGCCUCCUCCCAGCAGUGGCUUCCUCGGAUGGAUCAAAGACUUUCGCCGCAUCGACGACAAGUGGAUCCUCGACCACUCUUCCAUUGACGGCUAUCUUUUCGUCCGAUAUUUCAAGCUUAUUGUCAUUAUCAGUAUUCUUGGAGCCCUCAUUACCUGGCCGAUCCUCUUUCCAGUGAAUGCAACUGGCGGCGCCGGAAACCAACAACUCGAUAUCCUCUCCAUGAGCAAUGUGUCUAACCCGAUACGCUACUAUGCUCAUGCCCUAGUGUCCUGUGUCUUCUUAGGCCUGGUCAUGAUUAUCAUUGCACGGGAGUCUUUCUAUACAGUCAAUCUUCGUCAGGCAUACAGGCGCUCGCCAUGGGGAGCCAGCCGUCUCUCUUCCCGGACCAUCUUGUUUACCAGUGUCCCUACUAAGAUUAAGGUUGCCGAACUGUUCCAGCUGUUCCCAGGAGUGACGCAUGCAUGGGUGGCUUCGGACUGCAAAGACUUGGAAAAGCUGGUCGAGGACAGGGACGACACCGCGCUGAAGCUGGAAGCCGCUGAGAUUCGGCUUUCACAUGACGCCAACAACAACCGCCUUAGGGCUGCCAAAGGAAAGAAGCACUAUGCGGGACCCGAAGAGGACGGGACCAAGUGGCUGAACCCCAAAGACCGACCGACCCACAGGCUCAAGUUUUUGAUAGGAAAGAAGGUCGACACCAUCGAGUACGGACGGCAGCACCUUGCGGAACUGAUUCCCAAGAUUACCGAGGAGCAGGAUAAGCAUUGGCAGGGAGAGCAUAAGCUUGUUGGUGCCGUAUUCAUGGAAUUCGCUACCCAGAAGGCUGCCCAGGACGCGUGGCAAUUGAUGCAACAGCGGAAGACCAGGCCAAACAAGCAGAUGGUCGCUCGCCAGCUUGGAGUUCUCCCCCAAGAGGUCGUCUGGAACAAUCUCAGAAUCGGUGUUGCCGAGCAUUGGGUCCGGUGGUUGAUCGCCACGGCUGCCAUUACUGUUUUGAUUGUGUUCUUUGCCGUUCCUGUCGCCUUCGUCGGUGUGGUUUCCCAGGUCAACUACCUCGCUUCGCGCUUCUCGUGGCUCGAAUGGAUCCUUGACAUCCCUGCGGUCAUUCUCGGUGUUGUCACAGGUCUCCUUCCCGUUGUCAUGCUGGCCGUCCUCAUGGCACUCGUCCCAAUCUUCUGCAGACUCCUGGCUAAGCUGGCCGGAUGGGUUACUCUGUCCCAAGUCGAGUUGCAGACCCAGUCUUGGUACUUUGCCUUCCAGGUCAUCCAGGUCUUCCUGAUCACCACCUUUGCUGGUGCUGUGACCACCGUCAUUAACCAAAUCCUCGAUAAUCCCGGCUCUGCCAUCACUCUGCUCUCGGAGAACCUUCCCAAGGCAUCCAACUUUUACAUCAACUACUUCAUUCUCUUUGGUCUUUCGGCUUUCGCGGGCAGCCUCCUCAACAUUGGCGGCUUCGUCACCGUGGUUCUCCUUGGCCGCAUUCUCCCUGGCAAGACCCCUCGCAAGAUCUUCCAGAAACUCACAAAGCUCUCCGCACCAAUGUGGGGUUCCGAGUUCCCGAAAUGGGUGAACUUGGGCGUCAUCGCUCUCAGCUAUUCGUGCAUCGCCCCUCUAAUCCUUGGUUUCAGCACCGUCGGUCUCUACUUGAUCUACCUCGGCUUCCGCUACAAUUUCCUGUACACGUACGAAGUUAACAUCGAUACUCGGGGUGCCGCCUACCAACGUGCCCUCCAACAACUCACCACAGGCGUCUACAUCUCCGAGCUGUGCCUCAUCGGCCUCUUCGCCAUCGCCAUUGCCGACUCCCGCGCCGCCAUCGGACCCCUUGUCAUUGAAGUCGUCCUCCUCGCCGCCACCAUCCUCUUCCACCUCACUCUGCGCCAGGCUCUGAAACACCACGAAGCCCGCGUCGCCUAUUCCGACCCCGUACCUACCCCCCAAGACGGAACUGUCGAGGACGGCCCCGUCGAUGGCGCAGGCAUGCCCGCCGAGAAGCCCGCCCCAACCCAGCUAGCACCUGCCGUCGGACCCCCCCGCCCCUCACGCCUCCCAGCCUUCCUGCAGCGCAUCAUCAACCCCGAAAUCAACUCCGUCUCCAACCUCUCCCUCUCGCUCGAGGGCUUCUACCACAAGCCGCAGGAUCCCUUGCCCGUGGACAUUGCCAAGCGCGCCUAUUUCCACCCCGCCAUCACGAGCACGACGCCCACGCUUUGGAUCGUGAGGGAUGAGAUGGGGAUUUCGGAACGGGAGUGCAGGGAUACGAAAGCAGCGGUGCCCGGGCUGGAGAUUACGGACGAGGGAGCUGAGUUUAACGAGAAGAAUAAGGUGGUUUGGAGUGGGGUCGAGACGGGCAAGGCGAGGGAGGCGCCGGUUUGGGAGGAGGAUGUUACGUAUUAGGAGUGUGUUCUUGGGAAGGGGAGCGAGGAAGAGGGAGGAAUGGGAGGGGAUGGAAAGGAGAAGAAGGUGAAGGGAGAGCAGAAGCAGGAGGAUCCAGAUGCCAUUACCCUGGUUCCGCAGGAUCCGAGGUCGUGAGCAUUUGACCUUGCUCUUCCAACUCCUGCAAGGUACCCUGGCGGUAAUAGGCUUGAUGGGUUCUGAGCGAUGAGUUUCUCAGUGAACAGGCCAUUGAUUGAUUGAUUCCCCCAUUAGUAAUUAAUACAUGCAUAGCGAUCAUAGUGCUAGCGAUGAGUUAUUGUUUCUUCUGUCAUGCGGGAUUGGGGAUUGGGAAUUGAAGGCAGUAGGAGGGGAGAUAUACCACAGUACGAAUUAUUGUAAUGAGCAGUACAUAAUACGGUUUCAACUU